AGCACAGUAACGGGACGGGAGGAAGGACACCGGCCGUCGAUCUUAAAAGCGCCGGAUAGAGCGAGCGAGAGUCUUUCAGUUUCACGAGUCGCGUCGCGCUCUGUCUCUCUCUCUCUCUCACCCCCACACUACUUGUAGAGUUGUAGUAGUUUUGAGCUUCAACCCAAGCGAGCCUCUCAUCAUAACUCUAGUCAAUCUAAUUAAGAUACUGGUUUUGUUUCUUUUCCUUUUGUUUUUGGCUUUGGCUUUUCCCCUUUGAAAAUUGAAAUUGAAAUUGAAAGGAAAGAGAGAGAACGAGAGAGAGAGAGAGAAGAUGGAAGAGAGUGGGAUAGAUGGAUAAAUAGAGUGAGCAGUGAGCAGUGAGGAGAUUGAUCGAUGAUCGUGUUGGUGUGGUUGUUAUGAACCAACAACCAAUUCAACCCCCAAUUCAAAAUCGGCAUCAGCUUCCUCCUUCCGUCUCUCUCUCAUACAUGGGGGAGCAAACCCAGCCUCCAACCCAGACCCAAAUCCAAUCCCAAUCCCAGGCACAGGCUCAGUCGCAACCCCUUCCUCUUCCUCCUCCUCCUCCUCCUCCUCCUGCUCCUCCGCUUCUCCAUGACAUCACCACCAAUCCUCCUCAACUAGUCGCACCAGCGCCACCAACCACGACCGCUUCUUCUGCUCCUCAGAAUUCUGCAUCAUCCACUAAGAUCCCAUUCCGACCGCGGAAAAUCAGAAAAACAUCCUCCGAUGUCUCCUCCGACAACUCUGACAACAAAAUAGUCGACGGUGAGUGCAAAACCACUGCUACCAACGGCGACCACAAGACCAACAAUAAUACUGCCCUCACCACCACCAGCAAUAAGAAGAGCAGAAUCGUAGCGAAACAAGUCAGGGUUGUUCCAAGGGUUGUUGCAAGGACAUUAUCUUGCGAAGGAGAGGUUGCUCUGGCCCUUCAGCACUUACGCAACUCCGAUCCACAGCUUGCCCGCUUAAUCGACAUCCACCAGCCACCAACAUUUGAUUCUUUUCAUCCCCCAUUUCUUGCCCUCACUAAGAGUAUUCUCUAUCAGCAGCUCGCCUACAAGGCCGGCACCUCCAUCUACACAAGAUUCGUCUCGCUUUGCGGCGGUGAGGCCGGCGUCGUUCCGGAGGCCGUUCUUGCCCUCUCUCCUCAACAGCUUCGUCAAAUUGGCGUUUCUGGCCGCAAAGCCAGCUACCUCCAUGACCUCGCCAACAAGUACCGAAAUGGGAUCCUCUCCGAUGCCUCAAUUGUAGACAUGGAUGACAAGUCCCUAUUCACAAUGCUCACCAUGGUCAAAGGCAUUGGCUCCUGGUCCGUACAUAUGUUCAUGAUUUUCUCUCUCCACCGACCGGAUGUUCUCCCCGUUGGGGAUCUUGGCGUUCGCAAGGGUGUCCAGCUUCUCUACGGUCUAGAGGAAUUGCCCCGGCCUUCUCAGAUGGAGCAGUUGUGCGAGAAGUGGAGGCCUUACCGCUCUGUUGCAUCCUGGUACAUGUGGAGAUUCGCUGAAGCAAAGGGGGCUCCGGCUUCAGCAGCAGCUGUGGCGGUUGGAGUAAGUCAGCAGCAGCAACUGCCGCCGCCACCGCAGCAGCAGCAACAGCCACCGCCGCCCCCGCAGCUUAUAGAUCCGAUGAAUGGAAUUGCAAAUCUCGGGGCCUGUACAUGGGGACAAUGAUUAAGAAGGGAAGUGGGGGGGUUGACUUCUUUCCCAAAAUUUUCUCCUAUGCUCCAUAUCCUUCAAUCGUAUUCGAUGAGUAUUUCAACGCCAUUUGAGAAGGAGACUGAUGCACUGAAGAUUUGGAACAGAAAGCUUGGAAGUUUGAGGUUCUGGAGGUUUUUUGAUGUGGACUCUGAUUUUUAUCUACUACUCUGCUUUUGAGUUUUAAUAAAAGAGUGUAUGUGCUGAAUUUAUCAGUCGUCUGAAAAAUUCAAAAUGCCAAUUCAGAAUGGUUUGUCUCUGAAGGACUCUUAUUGAGUUGAUUUACUCGUACGCUUGGCGACCUUCUCCCUUGGGAUAUUUGAUUUUCAUCUGUGAUAAUUUAAGAGUAGUUUUCUGGUCAGUAAUUUUAGGAAGUGGAAAAAUGUACUAUAUACAUUUUCAUGCAAGUCUUACCGAGUUAUCUCGAGCCUUAUUUUUGAAAGAUAAUAAACUGGUUUUCAUCUGGUAGUCAA